AUGCCGGCACCGCCGAAGCGCCCGGAGGAGGAUGACAGCUCGCUUCCAUCUCCACAGCCCGUCCCGAACCGAGUUCCUGCAGGACCCGGAAAGCUCUCGAGGAACAAGGGCAGGCUGAUGCCAUCCCUGCCCGAGGAUCAGGAGCUUCACCCACCGAGUCCCAUGCAGUCAGGCGAGUGCUUCCGUCUCCGGCAUGUCCGGGUGGAGGCCUUGCUGCAGGACGGCACCUUGGGCCUCCUCUUGCACGGCACCUCCGUGGUGGGCUUCUGCAGUGAGGAGGCGGCCUCGCACGGCUGGUUCGUCGGUGAUCAGAUCGUGGAAAUCAACGGGAAGCAUGUGGCGGCCUUCGACGAGUUCUUGGAGCAAUUCCUGGCCGCACAGGUCCAGGGCUUUCCGAUUGUCUUCAGCGUGCUCCGGCGAGAAGCUCCAGAAGAAACCCCCGACGAGGAUCCUCUCGAGAGCUUCUUCAGCGAGAUCGACUUUGUGGACCUGGCCGGACGGCUGAAGAAGAAGUUCGGGGGAUCGCCCGGCAAGGCCGAGCUGGCGAGCACGGGCAGCUCAGGCGAUGCCAUCCUGGAAAAUCCGUACAUCCAGGCAAAACGAAGAAUAACAAGCACCGCGACAGCCGGGGCCUGUGUGUCGAGCUGA